AUGGUCAAUACAAAUAAAACCAAGAAAAAUAAUCAUGACGAUUUGGAAAAGGAGGAAGAAGACGUAAAGCAGCCAGCGAAGGUUAGAAAGAAACAAAAUACUAGAAAACCAUCUAAAACAUCUGAAGAGGAUGAGGAUAAUUCGGAAAAAGAUACCGAACCCAAAGGAAGAAACAACAGGAGGAGACCUCCAGCUCAGAAUGGGAUAAGAAAGAACAACAAGAAUGAUAAAAGUGGUGAAAGUGAAGAAGAAGAAAGCAGAGAUACAGCUAAAAAUGCAAGGAUGAAAGGAAGAAACAAGAAGAAUAGUAAAGGAGAGGAAAGUGAUGAUGACAGUGAAUUAGAAGGAGAAAAUAAGAAAACAAGGAAGAACCCAGGGCAUAACAAUAAUAGAAAUAAUAGGAAUAAUGCCAACAAAAAGCAGAAAGAUGAAGAUAAUAAAAAGAUGAAACAAGCAAACAAUAAAGGCAAUAGAAAGGGUGGAAAAGACAAAGGGAAAGUCAAGAAGAAGGGCAAAUCCUCCAGCUCCUCAUCAAGUUCAUCAGACAGUGAACAUUCCUUGUCAGAGGGUGAACUUGCCAAGGUCUUGGAAGAGGUGGAAGAAAAGAAGAAGCUAAUAGCAACUAUAAGGACCAAAGCUUGGCGUAUGCAAAGGAAACUUACUACAUUAAAGGAAUCUCAGGCAUUUGUAGAGAAAUUUGAAGGUGCUCUUGGGAAGGGAAAAGGUAGAAAGUUUUAUGCCUACAAAGUGAUGAUGAUGAAGAAAUGGAUCAAAUUUAAAAGGGACUUUGAGAAUUUUAAGACUUCUUGUAUACCUUGGGAGAUGAAAAUAAAAGAAAUUGAGAGUCACUUUGGUUCUUCAGUGGCUUCAUAUUUCAUUUUUCUACGAUGGCUCUAUGGGAUUAAUCUGGUUCUUUUCAGUCUAACCUUUGGCCUGGUUGUAAUUCCAGAGGUGUUGAUGGGUCUACCAUAUGGCAGCAUACCUCGGAAAACUGUGCCAAGGAAAGAACAGCCAACUGCUAUGGAUUUCUCAGUACUUUGGGAGUUUGGGGGAUAUAUAAAAUACUCAGCGCUUUUCUAUGGAUAUUACAAUAAUGAACGUAUGAUUGGCGUUUUCAAAUAUAGGUUACCAUUGUCUUAUUUCAUGGUUGGUGUGGGAUCAUUUGGAUAUAGUCUCAUGGUUGUGAUCAGAACAAUGGCAAGAAAUGCAAGAGAGAGUGGAGUUGAUGGAGAUGAUGGAGAUUUCAAUUUUAGUUGGAAAAUGUUUACAAGUUGGGAUUACCUCAUUGGAAAUCCUGAAACAGCUGAUAACAAGUUUGCAUCCAUUACAACUAGCUUUAAGGAAUCUAUUGUGGAUGAAGAGGAAAACCAGAAAGAUGAAAACAUUCACUUGAGGAGAUUUCUUAUCGUGUUAGCUAAUUUUCUUAUAUUUUGUUGUCUUGCUGGAAGUGGCUAUCUCAUAUUUUAUGUUGUGAAGAAGUCGCAGACAUAUUCAACGUUGGAAGAGCUAACAUGGUAUCAGAAAAAUGAAAUUGAUAUCGUCAUGGCAUUGUUGGGAAUGUUUGUUCCUCCACUGUUUGAAACCAUUGCUACUCUGGAAAAUUAUCAUCCCCGCAUUGCACUGAAGUGGCAGCUUUGGCGAAUGUUUGCUCUUUUUCUCGGUAACUUGUAUACAUUCCUGCUGGCUCUUAUCGAUCAAGUCAAUGCACAGUUGGCAGAGGAAGAAAGUAUAAAGAAUAAGACUUUAGCCGUGAUGAAUUCCUUCAAUUUUACUAAUUCAACCUCUGAAAGCAUUCCUGUAAUAGAUCCUGCAGAUUUUCCCAGGGGACCUUGCUGGGAAACAGGUGUUGGAUUGGAAUUUACAAAGCUUACAGUCUCUGAUAUUCUCGUAACAUAUGGCAGUAUAUUGGUUGGGGAUUUUCUACGUGCUCUCUUUGUCAGAUUUAUUAACUAUUGCUGGUGCUGGGAUCUGGAGUAUGGAUUUCCUUCAUACACUGAGUUUGACAUCAGUGGAAAUGUUUUAGGACUUAUCUUCAAUCAGGGAAUGAUAUGGAUGGGGACUUUCUAUUCUCCUGGCUUAAUUGGCAUCAAUAUUCUACGGCUGUUGACAUCCAUGUACUUUCAGUGCUGGGCUGUUAUGUGUUGCAAUGUCCCUCAGUCAAGAGUUUUCAAGGCAUCGGGAUCUAAUAAUUUUUAUAUGUCAUUGUUACUGUUGAUAUUGUUCCUAAGCUUAUUGCCAGUUGUCUACACCAUAAUGACAUUUACCCCAUCGUUUGAUUGUGGGCCAUUCAGUGGGAAAGCUAAAAUGUUUGAAGUUAUUAUGGAAACAAUCCAAUAUGAUUUCCCAGCAUUUAUUGGAAAACUCUUCAGUUACGCAUCAAAUCCAGGGUUGAUUCUUCCUGGAAUCUUACUUAUGGUUUUAGCCAUAUACUAUCUCAAUGCCACUUCAAAAACAUAUGAAACAGCUAAUUUGGAGCUAAAAAAGAAGAUGCAGAUGUUACGUGACGAACAAAAGAACAGAAGGAACAAUAAGGAUACUGUUAAUCCAAUGUUGCAAGAUUUGGAAGAUCUUUUACCAAAUAACAUAAAUAUAGGCAAACCUGAAUCAGAUCAAACAGUGGUUGAAAAGCAACCCAAUAAAGCAACAAGAGCUAAUGGAAAACAUGGAAAAGAAAUGACACUGGCACCACCACCUCCGAGAAUGGUGGUAACAAAACCACCGAACCCAAGACAAGCCUCUCAUAUACCAGGACAGCCAAGAUCUGGGACUCCAGGUCCAGGCCCACGUAGACCUGCUCCUGAUCAACCACGACAUUGAGAUGUGAGCCAAAAAUGAAGCCAUCUUUCAAAUGCUCCUUGCUUCCACAUGUAUUUAUGGUCCACAUGUUCAGUCACACAUUGGGGCAUCAUUUGAGCAAUGGUUUACACAGAUCAAAAAUUGUCAUACCUAUCACUAAUAG